UUUGAGUAUACAACACACAAAUCAACCUGUAAUACACGUUCAAUAGAGACCGACGAAUCUUGCUUUUCAAAUAGCUUUGUAUAGAUGGCAGUCAUAAAAUUUAAGAUAGUUCCUGUGAAAAAGUCCACAUACAACACCUGUUGGGUAGCAGAGAGACUUCAGAACGAAGCUAUAGGGAAAACGAGCCAGUUGAUGUUGAAAGAUCCGUGGAAGUUUACCAGAUGCAAUGACUUAGUGGAAGAUAUUGACUGGAGACACCAUCAAAUAACGAGACCAAAGAGUCGCAGUGUAUUGUACACUGCUGGUUAUCAAGGUGAACGCAACGAGAGACAGACACGUAGUGUAUAUGAGGACCAAGACACACAUUUGUUGGAAAAUGCAAAGUUUGAAUAUGUCCAAGGUGCGAUGGCUAAACAAACCUCACCUUACCAAGUUGUGUACGAUAGUAACCGAGACACUUUGAGAUACGUGGACCUUCAUACUUUAAAAGUUUGCGCUGAUGCAUUUGAGCAUUCGAGAGCAAAUACUUCGAACUUUUGGAGAAGCCAUCUCUAUCAACAAUGGAAGGAUGAGUAUAGAAAGUUGAGUUUCCCCAUAAAGAAGGUGACGUGCAGGAAUAUCAUGGCGUGGAGGUCGAAGUGCAACUAUGUGACCUAUGAACAGUUUUCAUACUACUUUGGACAACUCUUGAAAAGGUUGAUAAUGGAGCAUAGGCUUCCAAAGUAUCCUCAAAAUGGCAUAUAUCUUCCGGACCUUGGCGCCGUUAUAGCAAGGCCGUUAGUCAUUGAUAUGGACGAUACCGAUAGAGUAGUCCAGCCAUACGAUGUUUUUCAAUAUGACAAGGUACCUUUAAGGAUGAGUUGUGCACAACUUUGGCAUCUUUGGUGUAACAGGUACAAAUCACAAGCAUCAAUCAGAGAGUUUGAGAUGAACCGAUACUCAGCGUUGAUGAAACUAAAUCAAAAGUUCAACUUUCUAUGCGAGCUGAAAGUCACAGUGAUCAAGCUUAUAGUCACAUGUUCGAUCAGGAGAAACAUAAGACCCCAACUAAUCGUUGAUUAUCUAGAUUUUGCUGCAAACAUGAACUCAUCGGCUUCUCUUACAUGGUUCCCCAAGAUGCCGUGGAUAAUUGAGAACAUUGAAGAGCUCUCCAAACUGCUUAUUGGAGAGAGAAAGCUAGAGAUUCAGCCUUUAACUUUGUUCCAAUACACCAAUUAUGACUGGUGAGAUGAUUUCGAACUUGUCAUGGCGGCAAUGACUAGUUCGUCACUACUUGGAAUCACCAGUAAUUCAGAUGACCGAAAGCGCACUCUCAACAAUUCAGCCUCCUGUGAUAGCAUCAUUGCCGAAUUGAGCAUAUCAACACAACUUUUAGCCACUGUAGAUGCCCUUUCUAACGAAAUGGCGCUCACUCUGUCCUUUCCUUGUUGAUACCAUCCAUUCACAAGUUGGCCUUUUGGGAAGGUGAAGACGAUAACUUCGAACGAUGUCACACCGGAUUUUGCUAGUGAAUCCUGUAAGAAUUGGAAUUGCGGAAUUGAUGAUACUACUUCCUUUGGUGGUAGUGGCAAUAGAUCUGUCAUUUCAGAGGUUUUCAGUAGAUGUUGCCGUCAAUAUGAGGUUUGUCUAUUAAUUUAUUGGUGAUUUGUUUACAUCUCUACAGACUUUUUUGGCGUGGUGUUGGGAUGUUGAGGCACAUUGUGAAAUACCAUCAUCAGC